AUGGAACUGUCUAAUAAGAUUUCAUCGGUCCUCGUUUUUCUUGUAGCUUUAUCUCUACUCCAUUCCAUUCAUGCACAAGAUGCAAUCAAGGACUUCCUGAACGGCCACAACUUUGCCCGGAAGGCUGUUGGUAACAAACCCCUGGAGUGGGAUCCUGUUCUAGAGCAGUAUGCUAAAGACUAUGCCGCAAAACACAAGGACUGCCAACUUACCCACACCGGCGGUCCUUACGGUGAAAACCUUGCCAUGAGUCCGAUCGAGAUGUACGGCUUAGAUGCUGUAUCAAUGUGGGUGGGGGAGAAGAAAUAUUACAGUUAUGAGGCCAGAAAUUGCGUCGGUGGCGGCGAAUGUGGGCAUUACUUGCAGGUUAUCUGGAACACCUCGACUCAUCUGGGGUGUGCUAAAAUGAAGUGCGACACUGGGGGCACUUGGAUCGGCUGCAACUACAACCCCCCUCCAAAGGGUGACUUGCCUUACUAA